AUGCUUUUUCCUCGUUUCACUGCAUUACUUUUGCUGGUGGCCAUUUGUUUAUCCCUAAGUACACCUGGCGUUUCCGCUUCGCUUGAGGUCCAUCCCAACUGGCCAUCCCGCGCGACCGCUCACGUGAAGCCUCAGAAACCCACCAGAAAAGGAGAACCGAAGCGUCGGGUGAUUCGAAUCGACGACAAGGCCCUGCUGGAGGCUUCUUCCACGGGGGGGCCGUCAUCCUGGUGUGCGGGGCCGCCCAAAUUCCCCGUCGGGCAGCCCGUCGAUCUCCUCCUCCCGACCCCUUCCGGGGAUCGCCACGUCGUCCUGUACAUCCCCUCCUCCUAUGAAAAGCGCAAACAAUGGAAUGGACGUUACACCCCGGUCGCGUUGCAGGUUCUCUUUCAUGGCCUUCGGGAUGAAUGCCAUAACUUCCUCCACGCCACGGGGUUUAUGCCGUACGCGGAGAAAGACGGCUACAUCCUUGUGAGUGCGUGCGGGGCCUCCGGGUGGUUUGGACGGGCGUGGAAUGCGGGCACCUGUUGCGGGUUUUACCACGACGCCCCCGAUGACGUCGCUUUCGCGCGGCAAAUCGUGCAGCUCCUCACCAACAGCGCCUGCGUCGAUCCCGCAAAGGUCUUCGCAACCGGGUUUAGCAACGGCGGGAUGCUCUCGGAGGUGCUCGCGUGUGAGGCGCCGGAUGUUUUUCGCGCGGUGGCGUCCGUCUCCGGGGUGGUGGAGCUUCGCCCCGGGAAUGAAGAAGGGCUCGAGUUGUGCACCGCGGCGCUGCGAAAUCAAAGCUCCCGCGCGAGCGUGUUGAUGAUUCACGGGGAUAAAGACCUCUUCGUCCCGUGGGAGGGCCUUCACACGAUGGGAUUCCCCCCUAUCACGAAUAACACCCUUGGAUGGGUGUUGCGUAGCGGGUGCGAUGAAAAGGCCCUCCACACGACCAUCAACACGACGGAUUUCCUCAACGUCAUCUACGACGACUGCUCCCCAGAUCGAACCCGCGGGAUGGAGGGCGGGGUGGAUUCAACGGCCUUCAGCCCGGCGAUUUACUCCACGAACGAGGAGGAUUCCCUGGACCUGACCGCGCUGUCGAAGAAUCCCAUGUGGUUGCGGUAUUUGAAUGCAAAGCCCCGAUCGAUUGUCCAUCUAGACAGGAAGGAAAGGGCGUUUCAGAGGCAGGCGCUUCGCCAACACCUCUACCCGUCAGCCCCGGACACCUCAUCGGAAGUGGGAGGGGAGAACGGGUCCAAGGCUGAGUCCAAGAACCCAUCGAUAACGGUGGAACUGGUUCGUGGGAUUGGAUAUCGGCAUCACUGGUAUGAGACGAAAAACUUCUCGACAACGGAUUAUAUCUAUCGUUUUGGGCUCAGAGUUUUUGGCUCUUAUUAG